AUCCCAUGCUCAUACACAUGCUACGACGAAAGGAGGGAAAAACACUUUCAAUAAUCUUUCCACAAGGCUGACACGUUUCAGAAGAACAAAAGAGUUGCCAAAAACAGCAUGAAAACUUUGAAAUUCUUAGCAGCAGAGGGUUUUGUUCGAAGUGGCCCAUGUGCCAUUAGGAAUCUCAGUUGCUUAUCUUACAAUCUCUACCCAAUCCUGUUUAAGGCAAGCUACCUGCUAGAAGAGGCAGAUGUGCUCCAUAACUUGGUCAAGACAUGGCCUCUUACUGAGCUCAGUCUGCGGAGAUUACUGGGGAAAACUUCAGACUGCCAGAUAGAUCUCACCUCACGCACCUGCAGCCUCUGUCUCAAAGCCAUGAUGAUGGGCUUGAAGGAAUACAUUCUUUAUGAACCAAGUACGUAUGCUAAAGUCCUGCGGGUGGUAGAUAUGACUGGUCUGCAGGAUAUUGAGCACCAGGCCUGCCCAUGCAGAAGCUCGCUGGGACGCUGGGCUCGGACUGAAUUGCUCACACGCAUGUGCUACGAGACCAUGGUGGCCAUGCAGGCAGAUCAGGCAGCAGCAUCAGCCUUUGAGGUGGACGUCCAACUCAACGCCUUUGUAACAGGUCGAAACUAUGAAAUGGUGGUCCAGGCUCUACUGUUGCUCAGGCACUGCCCGUUGAAGCUGCGUUGUGUGGGAUUGCGUAUGGACUCACUUCCUCUGAAGGAUCUCUUCUAUUUGCUGCGCCUGGUCAACACAGAAGGCCUGCAGAAGUUGGAGGUGGUGCAUAAUGUACAUCUGGAGGCUCCACAUCUGGAGGUGAUGCUGUCACAGCUUCAUUUUCCCCAGCUGCGCUCGCUCACUUUACCGGCACAGGCACUGGAUGUGCGCAGACUGACUCGGGGCGAUGAGGACCUACUCACAGUGCUGGGAGAGCUGAUGAGCAAGAUGACAGAGCUGAGAGAGCUUUACCUGGGCUUCUCGACCCUUACAGGCCAACUGCGACGACUGCUCAGUCCUCUGACCACCCCACUGCAGUGUAUAGAGCUGGCUAACUGUUGCCUAAGCCCUGUGGACAUGGCUUACCUGGCUAACAGCCUGCACAGCGAGUUCCUAGUGAAACUGGACCUGAGUGGUCAUGUGGUGGCUGACCUCUUCCCCAACACCUUCCGUAAACUUCUGCAUCGCUGCUCAGCUACACUCAGCAGUCUGAAUUUGGAGGAGUGUGGCCUGUCAGAUGAGAACCUGGACCUCUUCAUUCAUGCACUGGGACCUUGUAAUGCCAUGCAAGAGCUUAAGAUUCUGGGAAACCCACUGAGCACAGCAGCCCUGCGCCAACUCUUUAACAUGCUGGCACAAGGCUAUCCAGCUCUGAGGUAUAUAGAGCUGCCAGUGCCUCGUGACUGCUAUUCUGAAGAUGUAACCUACCCACUGGAUGAUUCCACAUUACUGAGUUAUGAUCAAGACAAGUUCCACCAAGCCAGAAGUGAACUUGUGGGCAUUCUGGAACAAGUUGGGAAAGGACAUAUUGAAGUAUGCACACCGCUGCUUGGAGUCUAUGAUCCUGACAUCCAUGAGACAAGCAAUGAACUAGGAGUUUCUAUGCUGCGCUCCUUUAAUACAGUAAUAGGGAAUUUUAUACACACUGUGACAAGUGUGAAUGAAAGGAGAGAACACAGCCUAAAUGAGUAAGAUCACAGAAAUGGGAGAUUUACUCAAAAUAUAACGUCUGAUUAAAUUUGCAGUUUGAGGCGCAAGAGCUCCAAAAUAUGGGAAGAGACAGCAGAGUACACGGUGAAGAAAAUGGCCGGAAUUGUGCAAUAGAACUAAAUUUAGAUCAUUAGUAGUGUAAUUAGUAGUGUAUGAACUAUUUUUUCAUAAAAACAGUUACCUACAUAGAAGUGUCAACAUUGCUAACAAAAAAUUUCUAACAGGAAAAAAACCCAAAAUAAUUUAACAUAAAAAAACCCCACUACAUUCUCUGAAAAAAUAGUACGAAACUUUGUCACUGUGAUGUAACAUCGAGAAAAUACAAAAAAAUAGUUCAUGCUACUUUAUAUUAUAGAUUCCCCCCCCCCCCCCCCCC